UUUAGACUAGACUAUGGAUAUUACCCGUAAUGAGAACAUAAUCAUAAUGCGGUUAGAAAUAUUAGUAGUAGAUGACAAUAAUACGCAACAGAUGGACACGUGCUCUGUGUGUGUGUACUGCGCAUGCCCGGCAGACUCAUGGCGUCUCAGCGCUGAUGACGCAGUGUGACGCAGCCGCUGGUUUGCCACGUCGCUCUGUCGUUGUAACGGCCGCGCGAGGAACUUCUGCUACUUUAAACCGUUAAUAACGGAACAAAAACAAACUCCACCGUGUCUCAUCAUUAGAGAGAAGAGAAACAAAUGAGUUUGAGUGACUGAUGUCUGCGCUCAUGAUUGAUGUGCGUGUGCGGGCUGCAUCGUGCCGAGUCGUGAGGACGUGGUCACUGGGAGCCGCUGGUGUGGUGGUUGCCGUGGGAACCGGUCAUGCCCGGGGGCCGCAGGGGUCCGAGUAGACAGCAGCUGAGCCGUUCGGCACUACCGUCGCUGCAGACGCUGGUGGGCGGAGGCCUCAGUAACGGGACGGGCCUCAGGUGCAGGACCAGUAGUUCAGUGGGUGUGUCAGCUCCACCCCUCACAGCACUCAUCACUCCAGAACCCGUCCGUCACUGUCGAAUCCCGGAUCUUCCUCUGGACAGUAAACUGCUGUUUGAAUCUCUGCUCUUCCUCUACCUGCUGGUGGCACUCUUCGUACAAUACAUCAACAUCUACAGGACAUUGUGGUGGAGCUCAUACAACCAGCCCACAGCCUCCACAUCACUGAAUUUUCAUUUGAUGGAUGUCCAUCUGGUGAUCUUCAUCACAGUAAUGUUGGCCAGAAGACUCGUGUGGACCAUCAUCUCAGAGGCGUCUCAGUCGAGUCCCGUCUCUCUCGUGCAGUAUGUUCUUCUGAUCGUGGCUCGGUUGAGUCUGUUGACUCUGUGCGGUUGGAUUCUCUGCUGGACUCUAUUGAAUCUCUUCAAGAAACACUCUGUUCUGAAUCUGCUCUUCCUGGGAUACCCGUUUGGUGUGUAUGUUCCUCUGUGCUGUUUCCAUCAUGAGGGUCGAGUGCCGCCCCCUCCGAGCGACUGCGGUUUCUCCGAGCAGGACACGUCUGACGGUGCUCUGAUCCGCCCUAAAGACUUCCUCACGCUCCUGCGAGAAAACCUGCGCGAGCAGUUCACGAGUCCCGCCCACGUCCCCACCCACAGCUGCCCGCCGUCACCUGAGCUCAUCCGCAGCGAGAUCGAGGAGCUGAAGAGCGACUUUAACCGCCGCAUUAAAGAAGUGCUCUUCAAUUCGCUCUUCAGUGCGUACUAUGUGGCCUUCCUGCCGCUCUGCUUCGUCAAGAGCACACAGUACUACGACAUGCGCUGGUCAUGUGAGCACCUGAUCAUGGUGUGGAUCAACGCGUUUGUCAUGUUGAUGAGUCAGCUGCUGCCGCCCAGUUACUGCGAUCUGCUGCACCGCUCGGCUGCACAUCUGGGCCGCUGGCAGAGACUGGAACACGGUUCCUAUAGCAACGCCCUGCAGCACAUUUGGUCAGACAGCACUAUCUGGCCGCAGGGAGUUCUGGUUCGUCACAGUCGCUGUCUGUAUAAAGCCGUUGGGCCGUAUAACGUCGCUCUGCCUUCUGAUGUCUCUCAUGCCAGAUUUUAUUUUUUGUUUCAUAAGCCGCUGCGGAUGCUCAAUCUGUUGAUCGGGAUCGAGUCUAGCGUGGUGGUGUAUCAGCUGUACUCGCUACUGCGCUCUGAACGCUGGAAUCACACGCUGUCGCUCGGACUCAUUCUCUUCUGCAACUAUUAUGUGCUCUUCAAGCUGCUGCGGGAUCGGAUCGUGUUGGGUAAAGCGUACUCAUACCCCCUCAGCGGUGCCGCCGGUCUUGGACUAAAGUCACAGUGAAAUGGAUCCUGCACCUUUAAGAACUCACGGCCGAUUGUUUGGGUGCUAAAGGACUGGGAAUUUCUAUUGCUUUUGAUACGGUUCUAUUUUCAUGCGUUUGUAUCUAUUUAAUAAAAUAUUUUAUACUGCAAGAACACGGGAGCAUUACGCUUAUCGUAUCCGCUGCCCGCGAGUUAUGAUGCCUUGAAGCCCGUGUGUCACUCCACGUCCAAAUUCAGCCAAAGAUGAGUAAAAACAGAAUGAGCCAAUCACACGAGCCUCUUGCUCUGUGGACCAAUCACGAUGCAGGACUGAACAGGAGGCAGUCCAGCUCAUCAUUUCCAUAUUUUGAUAAGUAUUAUCAGUUCAUCAUAUCUGUCUAUUGUGUUUCAAUCUAAAGUUCAUCAGAUCAGACAGAGUCUGUUUGAAACACUUUUGUAACCAAUGUCUUCACUUCCUGUUGACUUUAACU